CAGAUGAGCCCGCAGAGAAGCUCGUGCUCACCUCGACCAGCUGAACCCGACAGUCGUUGAGAGGACGUUCGGUAUGCAGAAGCAAUUCUGACUGUCCUGCACGCAGCUAUGGUUCCGAAGCGCGACCGGGUGAAGUUAGAGGACAGAGAGCACACAGAGGCGGCGUGUGAGUGCCAAAGUCAAUGCAACAACUACAAAAUCUUCCUGAGUUUAUUCAUCCUCUCGCUCUCUCUACACCUCAUCACGCUGUUCUGCUACAUGGACCUGCGCUCGGAGCUCAAACGAGAGUUAUCGCUGAAGAACAAAGAUGAUGUGUCAUCCACGGGGCCAAUGCCGCACUAUGAAACCACAGCGCCAGUGCUCCGGUUACCGGACACCGACAACCCAACAAUAGGCGACCAGAGCAGAUGGAGGGAUGAACUUACAAGAGAGCUUGAAACAGUCAUUCAUCGUACCAAACGUUCAGAGAGCAAUGGAAAAAAGAAAGGAGAACGGAAAAAAGGCAAGAAAGGGCCCCCUGGUGCUCCCGGACCUCCAGGCCCACCCGGUCCACAAGGCCCUCCCGGAAUACCAGGGAUACCGGGCAUCCCAGGCAGUAACGCAAUGGGUCCCUCUGGCCCUCCUGGACCAGCAGGGCCUCCUGGACCACAAGGGCCACCUGGACCACAGGGACCUACAGGUGGUGCAGAUAAAGGCAAAUACAGAGAGACACAGCCAGCUGUGGUGCAUCUUCAGGGUCAGGAAACCACUAUCCAAGUGAAAGAAGAUUUGUCAGAAGGUGUGUUGAAGAAUUGGAGAAUGAUCUCAAUUCAUCAGAGAGUGUUUAAAAUGCACUCACGAUCUGGAGAGCUGGAAGUCUUAAUUGAUGGAACAUACUUUAUAUAUAGUCAGGUAGAAGUAUAUUACCUGAAUUUUACGGACAUAGCAAGUUACGAGGUGAUGGUGGAUAAGACUCCAUUCUUACGCUGCACACGAAGUAUUGAGACCGGCCAGCGCAAGUUCAACACCUGUUACACAGCAGGGGUGUGUUUGUUGCGAGCCCGCCAGAGGAUCUCCAUCCGCAUGGUAUACGAGGACACCUCCAUCUCCAUGAGCAACCACACCACCUUUCUAGGCAGCAUCCGCCUAGGGGACGCCCCAUCUGCAGGACACACCUGAGCCAAUCAGCUCUUAGAUUGAUAUUGUCAGACACAUAGAUCACAACCACUGAAUGCAUCUGAUCCAGUAUGUCUCAUUAGCCCUACCCCAUGGACAUACAAAAUGUAGAGCCAGAUCAGACAAUUUUUGCACUAAUGGGUUCAUCUACAUUUCUACCAAGCUAGUGCUCCCUUGAGCCCGUCAGCCUGCGGUGUGAAUCAGGCUCAAAGAGGAAAUGUGUCUGUGUGGUUUCACCAACACUGAAAAGCAUUCACCACUAACCAAACUAUCUCUUAGCACUGAAAUCCUCUACCCAUCCUCAUACAUAACCAACACAAAGUUCAACACAGACAAGGAGUCAAUGUCUAUUUACAAAUCAAAUCAACAGUUCUAGAAAAUUUCACACAUCAGGUGUUUGUGAACAGUGGAAUUGGAUCGCCUCUGUGCCUUCACUGCUGCUGUGGAGUAUAUAUGUUAUGUGCCUAUCCAGCAACAGCACAAGAAACUACUGCAUGCAAUAAAUACAGUGACUGGAGCCAAUGAGAGCUGAUCAAUCAAGGGGAAGUGUUUUAUGUGAGACACCCAUGUGCUCGACUUACCAGAAGUAACCUGUGCUCACCAGAAGCUCCAGUGCAACAGACAAAGUCUCUAUAGUAUACAACAAACACAAAUGGUGAACCUGUGUAAUAUUCUAUAAAAAAUAAGCACUGAUAAUGGAAAUGUAUAUAAAACCGAAUAUCUAUUUUCAUAUAUCUCUGAUCCUUUACAUACCCAGUCCAGAUAUCCAUUUUUAUAUGAAAUAAUGAAAUUCUGAACAUGACAGCGAUGUAAAAAUUAUUUUGGUUCUUUUCUCUUUAACAGGUUCUUUAAUCAUCACAUUUUGGUAGGGGGAAAAAAGUGUUUACUUGUAUAUGAUGGCAGUAGUUCAGUCACUGAAACUGAUGAUUCUUCAAAAAGGUUUAAUGUCCUUUUAGAAGGAAUGUUCCAGGUGUAAUACAGGUUAAGCUCAAUCGACAGCAUUUGUGGCAUAAUGUUGAUUAUCACACAAAUUGAUUUAGUCUCGUCCCUCCUUUUCUCAAAUUUUCUUUUUACAAAUCGAGGUUCCAGUGAGGCACUUGCAAUGGAAGUGAAUGGGGACUAUUUUUUGUAGGGUUUAAACAGAAAUGUGAAGCUUAUAAUUUCAUAAAAGCACUUUCAUCUAUUCUGUUAAAACCCAUGUAUUACUUGAGCAGUGAAGUUGUUUAAAUCAUAUUUUUUGUCAUUUUAGGGUUUGUUGACAUUUCAUCUUUGUGGCAACAAAGUAUAAAAAUGUAUAACAGAAAAGGUUAGUAAGUGAUUAUAUCACACUAAAAUCAUAUUUGCACCCACAUCGUUUAUGUCAUGUGUUUAUACUUUUGGAAAAUAAUUUUAACUGUAAAAAAAAUUGGCCCCCAUUCACGUCACCAUUUGUAAGAGCCUCACUGGAACCUUGAAAGUAGUGAUGAGUCAAUAAUUUUUUGUGGUAAUAUUAUGGCACAAAUGAUGUUAACUUGCAGUGAUCCCAGUAUAUUCCUUUUAAAUCGUCGCUUUUUAUGAUCGUUUUAGACAACUUGUCAUAUUCAAAUAUAUUAUAAUUAAAUUCCACCAUGAAAGUCUGCACAUGACAUCCCCGCUCAGUGGUGAGGAUUUAAUUUAUAAAUGAUCAUUUCGUUUAGAAAGUAGAUUACUUACAACAAUAUUAACAUCACCUGAUGUUUAACAACACUUAAAAAGGAACGGACAUAAUAAUAUUUUCACCAUGUUUUCCUUGAUACAUUCCUUCGCUUCCACCAUGUAACACUGAGCAAACGGCAUACGAGUGCUUCGAAAGACCAAGAAUUUCAAACAAAAAAAUAACUAGUUGUUACACGACAAUGAAUGCCAUAUCAAACAUAUGUAAACUGAUUUUGUCUAGAUUAAGGUUUGCAAACCCUUAAAUUAAUAAUACAUGUAUUGUUCAACUAUAUAGCAACAGAUAAAGCAAUAAAAGCAUAAGAUUACAUGUUUACUGAGAGUGGCACCUGGUGGCCAAGGUUGGAGACAAAGAGACAAAAAAUAUUUUUAGGAGGAGGAAAAAAACAUUUAAAACUUUGGCUCAGAAAGGAACUGAGACACACUUUUAAUAAAAAAAAAUUGUUUCACCGUUAUUUUUAAUUAAUUAUUUUCCACCUUGCGGUUCAGGGCUUCCGUAAUGAUGUUUCUAAUGGCAAUGAAGUUGUAAAAUGGGAUAAAACCACAGAAAAGGUUAGGCGAUUUUAUCACACCAAAAUCCUGUUAACUCCCAUAAUGUUUACAGCCAUGGCCAAAAGAAUUGGCAGUGACAUACAUUUUGUGAUUGCAAAGUUUGCUGCUUCAGUAUUUGUAGAUUAUUUUUUCACAUGUUUCUAUGGUGUACUGGAAAACAAUGAUGAGCAUUUCAUGAGUUUAAAGGCUUUUAUUGGCAAAAAAAAUUCAAUAUAUGCAAAGAGUCAGUAUUUACAAUGUUGACUUUUGUUCUUCAUAACCUCUGCAAUUCACUCUGUCUUGCUGGAUAUCAGCUUCUGGGCCAAAUUGAUGGCGAUCCAUUCUUGCCUCAUUAGUGCUUGGAGUUGAUCACAAUUUGUGGGCUUCUGCUUGUCCACUCACCUUUUUGAGGAUUUAUCACAGGUUCUCUAUGGGAUUAAGAUCCAGGGAGUUGCCUGACCAUGGAUCCAAAAUUUCAAUGUAAUGAUCACCGAGCCACUUCAUUAUCACUCUUGGCCUAUGACAUGGUGCUCCAUCAUGCUGGAAAAUGCACGGAUCAUCACCAAAUUGCUCCUGGAUCGUUGGGAGAAGUUGCUCUUGCAGGACGUUUUGAUACCAUUCUUUAUUCUUGGCAGUAUUUUUGGGCAGAAUUGUUAGAGAGCCCACUCGCUUGGAUGAAAUGCAAACCCACACAUGGAUGGAUACUUCACUGUUGGCACGACACAGGACUCAUGGUUGCGUUCACCUUUUCUUCUCCCAAACAGUCAGAAUGGGGCUUCAUCAGAGAAAAUAUAUUUGCACCAGUCUUCUUUUGUCCAAUCCUUGUACUUCCUGCAGUCUGUCCUUGAUGUUUUUCUUGGAGAGAAGUGGCUUUUUUGCUGCCCUUCUUGACACCAGGCCAUUGUCCAAAAGUCUUCGCCUCACUGUUCGUGCAGAUGCACUCACACCAACCUGCUGCCAAUAUUGAGCAAGCUCUGCUUCACUGCAGUUGAACCUCUCUCCUUGAAGUUCUUGAUGAUCCGGUAAAUGGUUCUUUCAGGUGCAAUAUUCUUUGCAGCAAUUUCCUUGCAUGUGAGGCCAUUUUGGUGCAAAGUGAUGAUGGCUGCACGUCUUUCUUUAGAGGUAACCAUUGCUAACAAGAACACAACGAUUGGAAACACUUUUCCCCUCCUUUUUUAGCAAUCAGUCUGCUCUUAUAAUCCAAUCAGAAUGAUGGAGUGAUUUCACCUGACAAGAAGUCGUUCACACUUUCCCAGGUGCUGCUGAUAUGAUUAGUGAAAUGAUGGUAGCUAGUCAUUUUGUGCCAGGACUAAAAAACAAUGAAUUUUGUGUUUUUGUGAUAAAGUUGCAUCUGAGCACUCUGCAUAAUAAUCUAGAAAUAAUGUGAAUCAACACCACAACAACUGAAGCAGAAAACUUUGCGAAACAAAAUGUAUGUCACUGCCGAUACUUUUGGCCAUAGCAGUACAUCUGUGAGUGUUUUUUUUUUUAACGUUUGAUUGGCCUCAUUAACUUCCAUUGUAAGUGCCUCACUGUGACCCAGAUUCUUUUGUUUUAUUAUAAUUAAUUAAAGCAGGGACAAGUCAAAAUAAAUGUUUAUGCCAAAGCGGAAUGUUAUCACUCUAUGAUCCUGUGCUACACGGACGGGUUUAGCCGUUGUGCACACUGUCUGUGUUUAUAUCAACAUUUAACUUUUAUUGAAAUAGGAGUAUUAUUUUUAAUUAUGAUUUAUCUCCCUGAAUGCAAAAUACCACAUGUCUCCAAUAAGCGUCAGUAGUUCAGCAAGUUGAGCACUGAGAAGUUUGGAUGAGUAUGUUCAGAAAAGCAUACUACAAAAUACUACUAUUAAUAUUGCUGCAGUAGAUAUUAUACUGUGUACACAUUUUUUAAAUGCAUUAGGGUUUGCAACCAGAUGGCCGAUUACAUUUACUGUACUGUAGUAUACAACAGAGCAUAUUUUGUGGAAAGUCUGUACAAUAUAAGACAUUCGACUAGACUAUUUCCAGUGUGUUCGAUGAACCAGAAUUAAAAGCAGUUGUGAUUUUUAACAUUUCUUUCUUGGCUCACUUUUGAUCUGUCUGACAAAUGUUAAGAUAUUUUUACACAACUGGAUGCUGCUCACAGAAUUCAACACGCUACGUGAUGAGGUCAUGUGACGACAACAACGUAGCAUUCUAUGCAUAAUGCGUUCUGUUUCUCAUGUUUUGUUUUUUUAUAGGCAGUAUACUGUACAUACUGUACGGUAUUCGGGAAGUAAGCUUGUAUUCCAUUCGGAACAGCCUUUUGAGAUGCUCAUGGCUUAUUAAUACUUUGGUUCAUUUACCACACUGGAGUUUUCUGUACAGUGUGCUCUGUUUUGCGCUGCAUUUCAUACAGAAACUUUGCAUAGCUACUACACUACAGAAAUAGUAAGCGUAGUCUUUGUUUCUUUAUAUUACACACACACACAGGUAAAUCACAAAGUCAUGAAUCUGUCCUGUAGGCAGUCUCCAGCUCCUGACUAACAGUUUAGGAUUGAGGAUCUGAAUGAGUUAAUUAUGUGUGUACUUUGGUCCAUGAGAAUAGAUGAGAUCUCAGAUCCUCACUGUGAGGACAAACUACUUUAUUGUGUGUUCAAAGGGGAAUUAUCUGGAACUUUCUGAAGAGCGCUGGUAAUCUGCCCUCAGGUUUUCUCUGCAUGUUUCCUCAGUAUCCACAUGGAAAUGUAAAACUGAGGAAGAAUGGACAAUGAGAGUCUGAAUGUGAUUAUGUUCUGACAGAUUUGUUGUUUAUAUCUCUUUUGUCUUCUCUUAACCCAUUGACAUGUACAAUCAAGAGGGUUAAACAUCAGAUUUGACCAACUUGUUUUAGUUUAUAUUUGUUUUCUGUGGCGUUUUUGGUACAAGCAUCUUUGUAGGCAAAUGAGGUGUUUACUUCGGUGUCUUACGGAAGAUAAUGUAUAUUUGUAUACUAUACAGGGACUGUAAAUAUGUACAUAAGAUCUUUUGCUCUUUUGUAAAAAUAUUGUCAUAUUAAAUUGUUUUUGAAAGAGUGGUUUUAUUCUUUAGGGUCACACAUAACAAAAGAGAGGGUGCCACCUAUUGUCAAUAAAAACUUUCUUGUCUGUUUUCCAACACCUUUGAAAUCUGUGACAUUAAAGUCAAACAUGAUCAUGAUUAUCUGCUUGCAUGUUUCUAAUAUGCAGAGACAAUUCAGCCAAAAGAUCUGCUGUUCAUCAGAGCUAGAGACUGGGUGUAAUUAAAGUCGAUUCAACAUAAGUGGAGCAAACAAAUCAGUUAAACCAAACACUAA